AUGGCUGAGUCCCGAGCUAUGUAUGAUGAGUUCGGCAACCUGGUUGCUGCUGGUGCGGUCCAGGAUGUCGAAGAAGGUGAUGCCCCCUUGAGGGAUGUCCCGUCGGUCGAGUUCAAUGUGCCAUUUCCGGCAGUCGGUCGGGCCUUUUAUGUUAGGUAUCACUCUCGACCUGCUGGUGUGCCGGACGCCUGGCGGUCCAUGACUAAGACAUUCAUGGACACAAAGCCGCCUGCCUGGCUGGAGUGCGAAUCUUUUUGCCCUUCGUGGUGGCCGCAGGAGUGCUACCACAGUAGGAGACUGACGGUGAACGCGUUUGUUGAUGGGACCAUCGCACCGGAUUGGGACGAUUUGGGCGGCGGUAGCGACCUAGCGGUAUUCAUCGACGAGUUGGGAGAAGGGGUGCACCUGUACGCUUACGUCACUGACCUGUACGACGCCGCCAAUGCCGCGAAAUGGGUGGAUUACGAUGGCGAUAUGCGGUGCGGUCGAUGCCGGCAGUCGGGCGUAUACGUGGUAGGGUCCGGUGGUAGGAGCGCCUUUGUUGAUUCGAGACUGGAGCGUUCACUCAGUCUGAUCAUGGAUGGCGACUGGACGAGUGUGGCCGGCUACCCGAACGUCAGAUUUCCUAAAAUGGCAGCUUGUUCCAGGGUGGGCAGCGCUCUUUCAUGUCUUUAUGCCGACAGCUCAUACGGCAUGUUGGGUAGGUGCAGUAGGACGCCGGCCGUACACGCUAUACGUACUAUGGCGUUAAGCCCCUACCAUAUUCCUAUACACCCCGUUGAAAACUGUUUCUUCUCCUUGUUUCGGGAGUGCUGUGACGGGAACGGGUCAUCAGUCGGGCCCUUGUACGCGGGGCAGAUUGUCGCCACCGGCAUACUUGACCCAGAUGAGCGGAAGCUAUGUUCCAUACUGGGUCGGAGAUGGCUUGCGGCUCGUGACGGGCAUAUACACAUAGUGGCUACUAAGGAGGAGGCGACGUACCGGGCGGAUCUUGCAGGUAAGUUUGGCGAUGAAGCAGUUGACAACUAA